AUGAACUACGGCAGACUCGGUUCCCCCGAGUCCAUCCCCUCGGUCACCGACAUUCCCUUUCGGAGCGAGCGUCGGGCCCUAGGCGAUGACGCCCAUCGGAACCGCCGCCGCCGCCGCCUCUUCCUCGUCGGUCUCUUCUGCGCCUUGUUCCUCGUCGCCGGCGGCGCCGCGGCGGCGUUCCUCGCAGGGUGGGGUGGCGGGAGGGAGGGGACCUCCGUGCCGACGACAAUACACAGCCCCAGCAAGGCCGUCUCUCGGGCCUGUGGCAUGACCCGCUUUCCCAGUCUAUGCGUCAGCUCCCUUCUGAACUUCCCCGGCGCGGUCGACGCCGGCGAGAAGGACCUGGUUCACCUCUCCGUCAGCAUGACGCUGCAGCGCGUGAGCAGGGCCUUCUACGGGGCCUCCGCUAUAGCCAACGUCCACAUGGACACGCGCCUGCGGACGGCCUACGAGGACUGCAUCGAGCUGCUAGACGACUCGAUCGACCACCUCUCCCGGUCACUCGCCGCCGUGACCCCCGGCCGGAAGGGCGGCGGCGCCACCAACGCCGACGUGCUGACUUGGCUGAGCGCCGCUCUGACCAACCACGACACCUGCACGGAGGGGCUGUCGGGGGCCACCGGCGGCUACGUCAAGGACCAGAUGGUGGCGCACCUCAGGGACCUCUCGGAGCUGGUCAGCAACUGCCUCGCCAUAUUCUCGAUCACCAGCAAGAACAAGGAGUUCGCCGGCGUCCCCAUCCAGAACCGGAGACGGAGGCUGAUGAGCAGCGGGAGCGAAGCCGGCGGCGGGCCAUUCCCGGUGUGGAUGAACCGCAGGGACCGGCGGCUGUUGCAGGUGCCGGCGGGGACGAUACCGGCGGACAUUGUGGUAUCCAAGGACGGAAAUGGGACGUUCACGACCAUCGAGGAGGCGGUGAAGGCGGCGCCGGAGUACAGCUCCCGGCGGUUCAUCAUCUACAUCAGGGCCGGCAGGUGAAUCUCUCAGCAUUCUCCCUCUUUUCCGCCGUCGUAGGCUUCACCGAUCGUAUCAGUCCGACCUUCAGUAAGGUGCUCCGAAGAGGAUUCUGGGCACCCCGAACUGUCGAGAAAAAUCGAAAGUUUUUCCCCUCUGAAUUCGUCAGAUUUCGUCGAUUAUUACCUCGAUUCGUUCUUGUUCUUGGGGGAAUUCCCUCGGAGAGCGAUCGAUCCGCGCACUCGCACGCGGCCCUGUUGGAUUUUACUUUUCUCACUGGAUUUGCUCGCCGCGGCCGAGAACAUGGGCGGGACACGGGGAAUCUAUUCCCUCGUGAAAGACCUGCCCUCACUCAAUGGGAUACUGUCGGUGACGCGCUCGUCGUCUCCCCCCUCCUUCUCUCUCUCUCUCUCUCCCCUUCUGGCCCACUCGUUCGUUGACUCCUGUCCAAAAACUGAGUCUUUCCAAGUGUUUUUCCGGCGAGUCAAAGCCGCCCACCACAGCUGGCCUCUGUCCUUCUCGUGGAUCGGGGUCAGGUGUUGGGGGAAGACGGAAGCUUCAGAGAUCCAACUCUCCUUCUCAUACAAUAAUAGCAAAUAUCACGAUGCAAUCGACAUUUUUUAUGCAUUUAAGACCGCGAGGGAGAUGAUAUCUUGAUAGCGACGUUGCAGGAUAGAUAACUUCUCCCCGUUGUUUUCUUCUGGUUAAUCCUUGUUUCUUCCCUCCAAUCUGGUUUCUCGCAGGUACGACGAGAACAUCAAGGUUGGGCGGAAGAAGACGAACCUGAUGUUCGUCGGUGACGGGAAGGGAAAAACCAUCAUCGCCGGCGCCCGCAGCGUUUUCGACAACUUCACCACUUUCCACACGGCGACCUUCGGUGAGCCGCGCUCGGCCAUCCCUCCGCCAUGGCCGCUGAUUCUUUCCACUGACGCAGACAACUCUACCGCCAUUGCAGCGACGACGGGGGCGGGGUUCAUUGCGAGGGACAUCACCUUCCAGAACUGGGCUGGCCCCGGGAAGCACCAGGCGGUGGCGCUGCGGGUGGGGGCGGACCACGCGGUGGUCUACCGGUGCAACGUGAUCGGCUACCAGGACACCCUCUACGUGCACUCCCAGCGGCAGUUCUUCCGGGAAUGCGACAUCUACGGGACGGUGGACUUCAUCUUCGGCAACGCCGCCGUGGUGCUGCAGAACUGCAGCAUCUACUCCCGGAAACCCAUGGACCUGCAGAAGAACACCAUCACCGCGCAGAACCGCAAGGACCCAAACCAGAACACCGGCAUCUCCAUUCACGCCUCACGAAUCCUCGCCGCCGCAGACUUACUCAACUGCACCAAGGGGGACUACCCCACCUUCCUCGGCCGGCCAUGGAAGCUCUACUCCCGUACGGUCUACAUGAUGUCCUAUAUCGGCGACCACAUCCACCCCGCCGGCUGGCUAGAGUGGAACGCCACCUUCGCCCUCGACACCCUCUACUACGGCGAGUACAUGAACUACGGCCCCGGCGCCGCCGUGGGGAAGCGGGUCACCUGGCCGGGCUUCCGGGUCAUCACCGUCCCCGAGGAGGCCAGCAAGUUCACCGUCGCGCAGUUCAUCUACGGCUCCUCCUGGUUGCCCUCCACCGGCGUCGCCUUCCUCGCUGGCUUGUCAACGUAG